AUGCGGCAAUGUGAUCGAGGAACGAGCCUUGGUCUCUUCCUCAUCUUGAAUGUCGUCUUCUUGGACCUGGUCUCCUUUGUUCGGGCCGCCGAAGUCUACACCAACCACUUCCUAGUCCACACUCACAAGCCCGGAAUCGAACACGCACACCAAGUCGCCAAGCGACAUGGAUUUGUAAAUCGUGGCUCGGUAAGUUGAAGGGAGCAAACGCCGAUCUUAUGAAUUCUGACCAAGGUCUGAUGACAAUGCAAAUACUCAAACAUUUUACAUUUCUGAUGGCAUUGCGGCAUUAGAAUAUAUUCAAAAUGCUGUCGCAGCAAAAUUUCGCCAUUUAAACCUCCCUCCAGCUGCUUAGCGUAAAUUGUUUGUAUUGAUUUAGACAUUAGAAUUUCAAAAUUUUAGCCUUUCCCCAAAUUGUUAAAACUAAAUCGUAAAUAACUUCCUCGUUUUUUAUCAAAUGCCCCUUUAUAUCCAUUUUUCCCUUUCACAUUUUGUUGACCCUGCAUGGGACUCGGGCCUGUCAAGAGACGGGUUACGGUAGCUAAUUAGGUAAGCGCGAGAAGGAGGGAAUCCGAGUGGAUUCCGAGAAAUUGGAACUUUAUUCAACAUCCCACUUGCAGGUACUCGGAUCGGACACGCAAUGGCACUUUGUUCACAGUGGCCUCUCACACGCUCGGACCCGCCGAUCCAUCGGGCAUCAUGUCAAGUUGAACAAGGACACUGAUGUAAGUUGAUCAACAUACAUAUGUAAUAUUUACUCUUUAACAAAUUUUAUAGUAAUAAGACAAGAUUUGUCCAUUAUUAUGACUAUAUAAUCUAUUAUUAUGCACGGUUUUAGGUGGCCUAUGCUGAACAGAUGACCGGUUAUCGGCGUCUGAAGCGCGGCUACCGUCCCUUGGAGGAGCGUCUUCAAGAACAACUCGAUUUCACGGCGGUCCAAUCGCCUUCCGACCCGUUGUAUCCAUAUCAAUGGUACCUGAAGAACGUUGGCCAAUCCAACGGAAAGCCCCGACUCGACUUGAACGUGGAGAAGGCCUGGGCCAUGGGAAUCACCGGCAAGAACAUCACCACCGCCAUCAUGGACGACGGUGUCGAUUACAUGCAUCCCGAUCUCAAGAACAACUUUGUAAGCGGUUGCUGAUUAAUUCCGGCCCAUUUUCUAUUAUUUUUAUCGUCGUUGUUUGUUACGAUUGAUUGAUCUUGAUGCCUUUCAGAACGCGGAAGCCAGUUAUGACUUCAGUUCCAACGACCCUUUCCCAUAUCCCCGAUACACCGACGAUUGGUUCAACUCUCACGGCACUCGAUGUGCUGGCGAGAUCUCAGCCGCCCGUGAUAACGGAAUCUGCGGAGUUGGAGUGGCCUAUGACAGCAAAGUGGCCGGAAUUCGGAUGUUGGAUCAGCCCUACAUGACGGAUCUGAUCGAGGCCAAUUCUAUGGGACACAAACCUGACCUGAUCCACAUCUACUCUGCCUCAUGGGGCCCAACUGAUGAUGGAAAGACCGUGGAUGGCCCCAGGAACGCCACCAUGAGAGCCAUCGUUGAAGGAGUCAACAGCGGCCGAAACGGCCUCGGUUCCAUCUUCGUGUGGGCCUCUGGAGAUGGUGGAGAAGACGACGAUUGUAACUGCGAUGGGUAUGCGGCUUCCAUGUGGACCAUUUCCAUCAAUUCGGCCAUCAACAACGGCGAGAAUGCCCAUUACGACGAGUCCUGCUCUUCCACUUUGGCCUCGACCUUCUCCAAUGGCGGUCGAAACCCGGAGACUGGUGUUGCCACCACUGAUUUGUACGGACGUUGUACCCGCAGUCACAGUGGCACUUCUGCGGCUGCUCCCGAGGCUGCUGGAGUGUUCGCUUUGGCUUUGGAAGCCAAUCCUCAACUAACCUGGCGAGAUCUUCAACAUCUUACAGUCCUCACUUCUACCCGCAACUCUUUGUUUGAUGGACGAUGCCGAGAACUCCCUGAAUUGGGAAUCAAGGAUAACCACAAGAACAAGAAGACCGGAAACUGCACUCGUUUCGAUUGGCAGAUGAAUGGAGUUGGACUCGAGUAUAACCAUCUGUUCGGAUUCGGUGUUCUGGAUGCCGCUGAGAUGGUCCAAUUGGCCAUGGUCUGGAAGACAGCUCCCCCACGAUUCCAUUGUGAGGCCGGAACCAUCGACACUCCUCAGUAAGAUACUUUAGUUGUAUAUUUAACAUUUUAAUCAUUGCUUUAGAACUAACUUUUGAUUAUAUUAUUUUUAGUGAGAUCCCGGAAGACGGAAACUUGAUCCUCGAAUUGAACACCGACGCUUGUGCUGGCUCAGCCACCGAGAUUAACUACCUGGAACAUGUGCAAGCUGUGGUCACCCUGAACAGCAGCCGUCGAGGAGACACAACCCUCUAUCUGAUCUCGCCCUCAGGCACUCGCACCAUGAUUUUAUCGAGAAGACCCAAGGAUGACGAUGCCAAGGAUGGGUUCACCAAUUGGCCUUUCAUGACCACCCACACCUGGGGAGAGAAUCCGCGGGGUCGUUGGAGAUUGUUGGCCAGAUUCCAGGUAAGAAAUUUCCAUCACAUUAGACAAAGAUAUAAUUCUUAAUAUUUUUUUCUUUAAAAUUUGCAUUUUCCUCCCUUCCAAAUUGUUAAAGUUUUGACACUAAAUUUUGAACCCUGAGGCAAAAACUCCGAGAACACCUCCGUAUCCUCUCAUGCAUGCCCUAAGGCGACAAUCGUAACAGUGUUACCUCAUUGGCUUAGUGACGUCCCCACACCUUCAAUUAUGCAAUUUCAGGGCGAGGGCAAGCAUCGCGGCACGCUGAAGAGAUUCACCCUCAUGCUUCACGGAACCAAGGACGCGCCUUACGUGGGAAUCGAGCCUCUGGAGGGACAUCGGAAUGCCAAGUUGCAGCUGGUGCAGACGGCCCACAAACGCAUGGUUCAGUGA